AUGGCUAUUCCUACAUCUUCCGAGCUGCCUCACAAGCUGCUUUGGGCAGGCGUCUACCCGCAGCUCUUGCGUUACGCGGUUCCCGACUCGCGCUUCAACUACGACUUCCUCAAGUUUACGCCAGACUUCCGAGGCUCCUCAGAUACGGUUGAGCGUAUUGCCAAAUUAUCGUGUUAUAAAGAGGCAAGGACAAUACUAGUCACGGGCGACAACAGCGUCGAGGGUUUGCGACACAGAGCGCUGAAGGAUGGUAAGAGGGUGUUGGUAGGCACGUAUAGGCUGAGGAGGGGCUUCGUGGUGUUGGAUCCCAAGAGAAUAGGAGACAGCAAGCUCGAGUUGGCGGCAUGUCUUGAUGCCAUGGAAAAGCCUGGGAUAGGAAGAGCGGUUUCAUUGAGUCAAUUGCGCGACGAGGGGUACAAGAUUGACAUGUGUGCGCUGGGUGGACUGGUGUUCAACGAGCAAGGCGUGGUCAUCUGGGAGGGUUCGGCGCUGUUCGAGGUUCAGUGGGCGUUGCUGCAGGACUUGAAGAUGCUUGACGUUACAACUCCAGUCAUCGCUGUUGCGCACGAGUGUCAAGUCGUCGAUGAGGCGCAGUAUGGCAUCGAUGUAAUCAAGCCUGACAAGAACGGCGAAGUGCAAUGCGACUUCAUCAUCACGCCCGAACGAGUGCUGGAAGUCAAGGGCGCUGUGAAGCCUGUAGGUGGCGUCGACUUUCAAAAGGUGGACCCAGAGGCGCUGAACAACAUCCCACCGCUGCAAGAGCUCAAGGGCAUACGCAUGAUGGAACAGAUCAUGUCAAGCAAUGGCUUUGGCAGCAAAGAGAAAGAAGGGGAAGAGCGCAAGCCACCAUCGGCAGAAGAACAGAUGGGCAUUGAUAUUGUUGAACGACUAAUGAAGGGCCUGAAGGGCCUGAAGGGCUGA